AUGGAGGAUACGCCGAUUGCACCUUUAGAAGAGAAAGAAACGAAAACAAGUUACUAUAGUCGUGAUUAUAGUAAUGGAGGGCCUAAAAAAGAUAAUGGUAUUUCAUAUAAACAUGAUAUUUCGUCAAGUAGACAGCAAAUACCAUUGCCUACGGAACCUCCAUAUACGGCGCAUUUGGGUAAUCUUUCUUUUAAUAUUACAGAGUCAGAAAUUUCGGAUUUUUUUGGAGAGCCUUUUAUUACUAAUAUAAGACUUAUGCGUGAUCGAAUAGAUGAUAGGCCUAAAGGGUUCGGAUAUGUUGAAUUUACAGAUUUGCAAGCACUUAUUAAUGCAAUAUCUUUAAAUGGAAAAACAUUAAGUGGUAGAGCGAUAAAAAUUAGUGUUGCAGAACCUCCUCGAAAAGGGUAUAUAGAUCGAGAUCCUAUUGAAGAUAGAACAGCAGGGGAAUGGAGACGUUCAACAUCUCUUCCUCUUUCCGAACCUUCAUAUGAAAAACGAUUUUCAUAUGAACGAAGAGGUACUCUUGGAAAUAACGAUAACCCUAGAGAUUUUUCAAAUUGGAAAUCCAAAGGACCAUUACAAGAUUUACCAGAGUUAGAUUCAUUUACGAAAAAAAGAAGUUAUCUAAGUUCUGAUAGAAGGAAUGGAGAUAAAUUUAGAAAUUCUGGCUUUGGCGAUCGUAGUUAUGGAAAUAAUUUUAAUAGUACCGCGACGACUAAUAUAGGUGAACGUCCAAAAUUAGUUCUUAAGCCUAGAGGAGAGAAAUUGGAAGAUCCUCCUCAAACAUUAAAACCUUCAACAAAACCUAACCCAUUCGGUGAUGCGCUUCCUGUUGAUUCAGAUGCUCGUAUUCGAGAAAUCGAAGAAAAGGAACAAAAAAGAAAGGAAGAAAGACUGGCAUCCGAAGAACAAAAGGGUUUUGGAUGGGAAAAAAUACCAAAAGAACCUUCCUAUAAAUCUGAUAGGACUGAUAAAAAAGAAGCAAAUAGAAGAAAUCAUUCAUUAGACUUUAAAUGCGAUAAAACUGAUAAAAAUAAAGAACAUAAAGGACAAAACAAUAAAUCACAGUCAAUCAAUUCCUUAAAACCUACUAAUACUACUAUUACACUUGAAACUGAAAUCAACAUAGAUGGCUGGUCCACCGUCAACAAGCUAUCUAGGAAACGAUGA